AUGACCUUUAAGAAUGUUGCCCUGGUAGGGGCUUCAGGCCAGUUGGGUCAAAAAAUUCUGCGUCAUCUAUUAGCAUCUCCCGCAGAAUUUCGGAUCACUGUUUUGCAACGUCAACAGCGUGAUUUACACCAGUCCAAGUACGACAUGGCCGGUCAUGAAGCUAACGUUCGCGUCAAAGUAGUCGACUAUGAGAACCAUGAGAUUCUCGUGUCGGCUCUUCGAGACGUUGACGUGAUUGUUUCAGCACUCGACUCGGUAACGGCCAUCCGUUUGGAUCGCCUACUCCUGGAAGCUGGUAGAGCCGCUGGAGCGAGAAGGAUGUUUCCGUCUGAAUACACAUUAGAUGUACUACAUCCGGCUGCAGUGGCUCUCAUGGGCGAGGCUCAUCCACGUGUGCAACAUGCGAGGCUUUUUGAUGCACUCGCUCAGGUAUCCGACGACGAAACGGCCAUCUCGUCGACAACAAUCGUCUCAGGGAUGUUCCUUGAUUUUGCCAUGAAGGGCCAUCAUGGGAAUUAUGAUCUUGACAAAUAUUCAGGUAUAUUGUUUGAUGGAGGUGAUGUUCCAGCUACUGGUUGCUCCAGUGACUUUAUCGCAGCAAGUGUGGUUGCGGCACUAAGGAUGCCAGAGGAACUGACGAGGAAUAAACGAAUUCAUAUUGCGGAGAUGCGUUAUACCGGUCGACACAUCCUGCAAGCUUUGGAGGUGGCGACGGAUACCAAGUUUUCUGCAACCUAUGUAUCUAGUGAAUUCAUCCAGAAGAAGUUGACAUUGGCUAUCGAUCAGGGACUAGAGAGAGAAAUAUUUGUGCUUCCGGUCGUCUUGCUCAAUUUCGCAUCGACCAAUGAAGCGUCGAAGGCCUGCGGGGCUGGGUAUCUUGAAACUGGUCUUGAUUGGAACGCUGGUGGCUUUUUGACUCAAGAGCGAAAGACUUUAUUGGAGAUUGCCAGAGAGGUUGUUCAGGCACGCUGA